GUUCAUUGUACUGUGUUAUAGAAAAUAAUUUGCCAAAUGCUAAGUUUUUAAUAAUAUAUGCCUAUGGAUAUAGAGAGAAAUGUGCUGCCACGUUCUUGUUGAAAAAAAAAAGAAGUUAAUCUGCCAAGUAAAUAUUGAUAUAUCUCGAUUAAACGUUUCGUUUCUCUUGUUUCAUUGGCAGUGUAAGUUGCAUAUGCGUGUUAAGCGCUAAUGUAGCACGGAGUGCUGAACUGAACGUAACCAGUACAUGCUGUGUGUAGAAUGUAAAUCGAGGAUUUCUGAUAGUUAUAAUAUUCCAGUCUGUGUAAUGUACGUUUGCAUCAAUUGCGGGGCCGAGUGCAAAGAGCUCUUUAGAAGAUACUGUCCCAGUGUUCUCAAAGUUUUAAAAUGUGAAGAAUGCGGUUUGUCAGCUGAUAAAUAUAUCGAGUACGAUCCGGUUCUAGUUUUUGUGGAUCUGAUCUUGAUAGAAAAGCCAGCUUACAGACAUCUUCUGUACAACAGCGACUUCAAGUCGUACUGGAAAUUGAGUAUCAUAUUAUGGCUGGCCGAAUCGUCCAGAGCUUGGUCCUCCUGCGAGAUGAGCAAGGCGGAAUUAGCCGCGUCGGAAACGGUUCACAACGACGCGUUACAGGACCGCUGCAAUUUUUACAAUUUGCUGCUCCACACCGCGCUGGCCUUCGCGGCGUUUGUUUUUGCGGUAAUUACGGUGACUGAGUUCAGAUGGCUUAUCGCCCGUAAGAAACCGUACAAAUAUAAUGUCAGGGACUUGAGUCGCGCUCUGACAGCCGGCGGUUGUGGUAAAUUGCUUGGGAUGUUAGGGAUUGUAUGGAGGCACAUAGCAUCAGGCCCGUAUUACGUUCUUAUUCAAGGUUACACGGUUUUAUGCCUCUUGACUGCGUAUUCAGUUGUAUGCAAGACUGGAAAGGGAGGAUCUUUGAUUGGAUUGAUCAGUGGAUUUCUGCUGUAUGGUUAUAUAUGUACUUCCACCCUUAAAUUGCACCUAAUUAUUCCCAAUAUCACGCUAACAUGAACAUGUAAAUGCCCGUUAAAGAAA